CGACGAAGCUUCCCGACUGCAGGAUCGAAGUCGAUGACCGCACAACGGGUCCGAGUGAACCGGAUGUGCAAUAAUAAGCGGGAGGAUCCGGCCCCUCGGAAUUGGUAGAAUGAGUUCAAUACAUAGUCCCGCCUCCUCAGUUCUCCAGCCGCUUCCCAGUUCUCCAACUUGAAAUAACGUCCUGGAGGUACGAAUUCGACCAUCAACUAACUAAUCACUACUGUGCCUUCGCCGCUUUUGGACUCGAGCUACCGUUCAAGAUGCCGGUUACAAAUUUUGCUCUGAAGGAGAAGUAUAAGUACCAGAAUGGCUUCGAUUGUUACUUUGAAACCGAAGCUGUUCCCGGCGCUCUACCCACAGGCCAAAACUCGCCGCAGAAGCCACCGCUAGGGCUCUACGCCGAGAAGCUCUCCGGCACCGCCUUCACCGCGCCGCGCCGCGAGAACAAGCAGUCGUGGCUCUACCGCAUCCUGCCCGCGUGCUCUCACCCUCCCUUCACGCCCGCGCCCGCGCCCAACGAGUCGCUCGGUCUCGGGGGCGAGCCGUUCCGCAAGUUGCAUCACAUCCCGAACCAGCUGCGCUGGGACCCGUUCGACCACGAUCCGGAGGCGGAUUUCGUGAGCGGGCUGCACCUGCUCGCGGGAGCGGGUGACCCGACCGUCAAGCAGGGGUGCGCCAUGUACGUGUACGCGGCGGGCCGGUCGAUGGGCGAGAGGGAGGCGUUCUACUCGGCCGACGGCGAGCUGCUGCUGGUGCCGCAGGAGGGGGCGCUGGACAUCCGGACCGAGAUGGGCUGGCUGCUCGUCCGGCCGAUGGAGAUCUGCGUGAUCCCCCGCGGGGUCAGGUACCAGGUGCGGCUGGCCGAGGAGGGCAAGCCGGCGAGGGGGUACGCGCUGGAGCUGUUCCAGGGCCGGUUCGUGCUGCCGGAGCUGGGGCCGAUCGGGUCCAACGGGCUGGCGAACGCGAGGGACUUCCAGGCGCCCGUCGCGAGCUUCGAUGAGGACUGCGGGGAGACGGCGUUUGAUGGGCCCAACGAGUACGUGGUGACGGGCAAGUUUAACAACGCGUUGUAUCGGGCGGUGCAGCGGCACACCCCGUUUGACGUGGUGGCCUGGCACGGCAACUACUACCCGUACAAGUACGAUCUCGGGCGGUUCAACACCAUCGGCACCAUCUCGUACGACCAUCCGGAUCCGAGCAUCUUCACCGUCUUGUCGGCGCCGUCAGACCACCCCGGCACGUCGGUCGCGGACUUUGUCAUCUUCCCGCCGCGGUGGUUGGUCGGCGAGGACACCUUCCGUCCGCCGUGGUACCACCGCAACACAAUGAGCGAGUUCAUGGGUCUCAUUCAGGGCGCGUAUGACGCCAAGAAGGGCGGAAAGGGCGGGUUCGUGCCCGGGGGUGCCAGCUUGCACAACGUCAUGAGCGGGCAUGGGCCGGACGUAGACAGCUACGAGGGCGCGAGGAACGCGGAGCUGAAGCCGGCCAAGGUGGGAGAGGGUAGCUGCGCAUUCAUGUUUGAGAGCAGCCUGAUGGUCGGGGUGACGGACUGGGGUCUGAAGACUUGCCAGAAGGUGCAAGCCGAGUAUUCAGAGCACAGCUGGGGUGGCGUCAAGGUGCACUGGAAGAAGACGACUUCUUAAGGGGGGGAGGUAUGUCUGUAUC